AGAUAAAAAUCAGACCACGAAAAAACCCAAUCAUUUUUUUGAGACAUCCACCAACUAAUCGCUGACUUCUCAACAUCACCAUUUCCUUAGUUUCCACCCUUCCCAUUUUCUCGCUCUUCUUUCUCUCUCCUCUUCUUUCCUUUUUCGCCAACAACCCUCACCUAAAUUCAGCUCAACCCCCAAAAAUUGUCAUAUUAUUAUCGAUUAAACCUAGAAUUAGGGUUCUGAAGAGCUAGGGUUUUCGAUUUCCCGCCAUGGAAAUACCACCGUUGACUGCCGGAGAAGAAGAAUCGGCGACGCAAUUUGAGUGGAGUGAGCUUCUUGAUUUUACAAUUGAUGAUCAAUUGCUCCUCAAUCUGGAGGUUUCCGAUCACGGGGAGAAUCAGUUACCUGUAGUUUAUCCGACAGAGAGUGGGGGUGAGUUGGAGAAAUCAUUGACGGAGAAUGGAGCCGAAACGGGGUCGUCUGAUCGGGUGCGAAAGCGAGACCCAAGGAUGAGUUGCGAGAACUUUUUGGCAGGGAUAGUGCCGUGCGCUUGUCCAGAGUUGGAUGCCAUGAUGAUGAUGGAGGAAGAAGAAGCUGGGCCUGGAAAGAAGCGGCCUAGGAUUGGGCGAAUGCCUGGGGUAGCAAGAUGCCAGGUGCCGGGGUGUGAGGCUGAUAUUCGUGAGCUCAAAGGGUAUCACCGGCGACAUCGGGUUUGUUUGGUGUGUGCCAAUGCCACUUCAGUUGUGCUUGAUGGUCAGAGCAAAAGAUAUUGUCAACAGUGUGGCAAGUUUCACGUGUUGCCAGAUUUUGAUGAAGGCAAACGUAGCUGUAGACGUAAACUGGAGCGCCACAACAAUAGACGGCGAAGGAAGUCUGCUGAUUCUAAAGGAGCUGUUGAAAAGGAACUUGACGGUGAUUUGCAGACAGAAGUUUUUUCUGAUGGUGAAGCAGGGAAAGAAAAUGCAUGGUCAAGCAGCCAAAUAGCUGAGAAAGAGGAUUCUAAAGAUGGAACUGUAUCAAACCUUUGCUCUGCUUUAGAAUCUCAGAAUAUUGAGAGUGACAGUAUUUUGACUUUUACUCACGUGGAUAAAGCAAUAGAUAAUUCGGAGCAAGAUUAUUCUCCACUUGAUACUAAGAGUGCUUACACGUCUGUGGUCGUAUUUCAUUUAAACUCUAUGACUGGAACCCAGCAGAAUUUCCCCGACGACUUCGGCACCAAGUAUUUUACAGAUCAUAUUGCAAUAUUCCAGUGGCUGUCCAGCAUGCCUGUUGAGUUGGAGGGUUAUAUUCGUCCUGGUUGUACAAUUUUGACCAUAUUUGUUUCAAUGCCGCAGCAUAUGUGGGUGAAGCUGUUUGAAGAUCCGGUUUCUUAUGUACGAAGCUCUGUGGGACAUGGAGGAAUGCUGUCUGGAAGGGGUGCUGCAUUGGUUUACUUAAAUGACACAAGUUACCGUGUUAUGAGAGACGGAGCUUCCGUUAUGAAAGUCAAGGUCGCUGUUCGGGCUCCCAAACUUCAUUACGUCUAUCCUCCUUGUUUCGAGGCUGGAAAACCGAUGGAUCUUAUAGCUUGUGGAAGCAAUUUACUUCAGCCCAAAUUUCGGUCUCUUAUAUCGUUUGCUGGGAAGUAUUUGGCUCAUGAUUACUAUGUUGCUUUUCCACGUGGGAAGGGAGGCCAUGACACUGCCACUGAUUAUGAUCACCAGUUCUGCAGAAUAUAUGUGCCACACACUGAACCAACUUAUUCUGGUCCUGCUUUCGUUGAGGUAGAGAAUGAGUGUGGUCUAUCCAACUUCAUACCUAUACUAAUCGGAGAUGAGCAUGUCUGUUCUGAAAUAAAGAUGAUACAUCAGAAGUAUGAUUGCUCUUAUUGUAGAAAAAAGUUACAGUAUAAACCCAUUGGUUCUUCACGUAGAACAUGUGAAGGUUCAUGCUCAAGACAAGCUGCAUUGUCUGAGUUUACUCUGGAUGUAGCAUGGUUGCUUAAGCAGCCUUGUUCAGAAAAGCUUCAUUGCAUCUUAACAUCCUACCAGAUUCAGAGAUUUAAUUGCUUAUUGAAGUUCUUAAUGAGCAAUAAAUCCACUUCUAUCUUAGAGAAAGUUGUACAAUCUCUGCAGUUUGUGUUUGAUGAGAUGAACUCCAGUGAAGUGACUCAUGAUGUUAAUGAUACUGAUAGGAGGUUGUUCACAGAAUAUAUUUCUCAUGCUAGAGAUUUCCUUCACCAAAGUGCUUAUGAAAAUGAAGUGAUGUUGCAGCAGGCUGGGGAUGGUGUCCCAAAAGGUGACAAGUAUUUGGAAAGUUUCCCUCAUGAUGAUGUGCUGUCCGUUGAUGGUACUGUUUGUCAGGGUACAGAGAUGAAAGCCGACAUGAACUGCCCGCUUUUGGAGUAUUCAAACUGUCAGGGUGAAGGGGAAUCUAAUUCACUUAUGAAUGCAGAAGUGGCAAUGCAUGUAGACGACAACAGAGAGUGGCCAAGGAAGUCAUGUAACUACAUGAUAUCUAAGAAAGUGAUAAAUCCUCGGCCAUUCCUUUAUAUGAUAGCUGUAGUUGCUGUUUGCUUUGGUGUAUGUGCAGUUGUCUUCCACCCAGACAAAGUUAAUAAAUUCGCAGUAACAAUUAGAACGUGCGUGUUUGACAAUUCUUCAUAGGUUUUGUGACUAAAUUGGUCAUCAACCUGACCUCUGAUGAAUUGCCCAGAUUAACCAGGACUGCGGGGCUCACAUAAUAUUUCAAAGCCAGAAAUUCCAUUGUACAUUUCAGAUGGGUGCCAAGAUGACUGGAAAGGAGCUCGCGGAGCUUCUUUGAUUAUGAUGAAGUAAUUGUUUCUGUAUGUUGGUUGGUCUUGUACAUAUAUAUAUAAGCAUGUCAGAUGAAAUGAGGCAAGAAUUUUAAAUUAGAUCCUCUAAUUAACAUACAAUAUAUACUUGUCAAAUGAAAUGUGUUGCAAAUCUUGUGCUGCGAUAUGGUUGAAGUCUUAAUGCACAAUAAAUAUGUAUCAAAUGACACAAGGUCACAGGGACGGGAAGGAUCCGUCAAAAGCAGCAGCUAUAUACUAAUGUUUCAUUUUAAUUUUUGUA